AUGGAUCGUCAUCAUCGUCGCCAACGUUUUCAUUCGCGAUCACCACCGCGCCGAUCGAUCAGAGCCCGUCAUAAUCAAAAAGAAACGAGGUCGCGAUCUCCAAUUCGAUCAAGAUCUAGUUCUUUGCUGCGACGCCAGCGUAAUGAAAACUCACCGCCGUCUCAUGACCAACGCAAAUGCGACAAAAAGACACGCGACUUCUCCCACUUGGUUCAAUGGGGCAAAGUAGACGACGAAGUGAAGGAAGAAGAGCCUAUACAGAUUGAGAAGCCCAAUUUUGGACUCACUGGUGCGCUUGCCAAGGACCAAACGACAGGCAAUAUGCAGAAUGGGGUAAUUUUGAAAUUUUCUGAGCCACCCGAGGCCCGCCAGCCGACCAAACGCUAUCGAUUGUAUGUGUUCAAAAAUGACAAGAACAUAGCAACGCUUCAUGUGCAUCGCAAGAGUGUUUUUCUGAUCGGACGUGAUAAAGCGGUGGCUGACAUAUUGACAGAGCACCCGUCGUGCUCUAAACAGCACGCUGUGUUGCAGUAUCGAAUGUACCAGAAGGAGACAGCUACCAUUGAGCAAGAAGUACGGCCGUAUAUUAUGGAUCUAAACAGCACCAAUUCAACCUUUUUGAAUGGAGUCCAAAUUGAAAGCUCACGGUAUAUCGAACUCAAGGAAAAAGAUGUGUUGAAAUUUGGUGAAAGUACACGUGAGUAUGUGCUCAUAUGUGCUGUAUAG